AUGGAGCAGAUGACCACCUGCCUCAUCGACUGGCUGACAAAGAUCUCUGGCAAGGAGAUCAGCAGCCUCACUGCGCUUGCAGACUGCAAGAUCCUUGAGGAAGAGGCCCGCACCAUCUGCUGGAAGUCACCUGUGCCUCAGCGCGAGAGCAGCUGCAAGACCGUCUUGGCCAUUCUGGAGGCAUGCUUUGAAAUGCGACUUGGAGGUCACAUUCACACAGACCAAAUUGAGCAAGGAAACGCUGCAGAAAUCAUCAAGAUGAUUGCUCUCCUCACCCUGGCCUCCCUCGACGAGAAGGCGCCUAUCAAAUACUAUGAUGCGCUGCAAGACAUGUCUGACGAGCACGUGCAGCAUCUCGAAAGUCUUCGUGAGCUCGCUGCAUCGCUGCUCACUCCAGAGAUGGGCGCUGAGUCACCAGACCAACAGUCACCGGCGUCACCCAGUGCCCACAGCCACGCCAGCCACAGCGACCCCCUCAGCAUGAGCAUGAGCAUGAGCAUGCCCGGUCGGCCACAGACGCCGCAAACACCCACGUCACGUGUUGGCAGCAUGCGUCCGCCUUCGCGCUGCAUGGUGCGCACGCCCCACCAGCACCGCCUGCUCCGCACGCCCCACCAGCACCGCCUGCUCCACACACCAAUCUCCUCACGAAAGGCCGCAAAGCGCGCCCUCGAGCGCGUCAACACUGAGAACGACGAUCUCCGCGAAGAGCUGCAUGAGCUUCAAGAAGAACUGAAGGAGAGGAGUGCGCAAGUGGCAGCACUCACAAUCAAGGCUGAGCGUGCUGAUCGCUUUGAGGCGGAGUUGGAGGACGCCAGGACGGAACUCGACGAGCUGCGUGAUGUGCGCGGAAGAUUUGACCGGAUGAAGCGGCAGCUGGAGCACGCCAACGAGGAGCUGGACCAGCUGCGUGUUGUUGAGCGCCAACUGAGCGACGCGCUUGAAGCACGUGACCGCAUGCAGGAGGAGAAGGCGGUGUUGGCGAAGAAGUUGGAGUGCCAGGAGUCGUCUUCGCGCCGCCGCAUCUCUGAGCUGCAGAAGGACCGCACACGUGUCAGCGAGCUCGAGGGAGAGCUCUCAGCAUGGAGAAACGCGGCAGAGAAUGCAGAGGCGCAGGUGAAGUCCCUCAAGGCAGAGCUGGCGGUGGUGCAGAAGCAAGUGAGCCAGGAGGCCAUGACCAAGCAGAGCGACGCAGCCGAACUUGAGGCAGACAACGCGCGUCUGCGCACAAGCCUGAACGAGCUGCGAGCAGAAGUGUCCUCCAUGUCGCAGGAGCGAGACAGGCUGCUGCAGAUGUCACAGGAGUUUGAGGUGAAGGAGUACGAAAUGAAGCAAGCCAUCUCCGAGUUGCAGGAAUCGUGCGAGCAGUACAAAUCCGCUUGCUCUCAGCACCAGAUGAAGGCGGUGAGCUCUACGGGACGCGUGCGGGAGUUGGAGGAUCAAGUGGAGGCGCUCACGAGCGACAACGCCGCAAAGUCGGAUGAGAUGCAUGCGCUGUCGCAGCGACUGGCAGCAACACGCGCGCAGCUGGAGGACCUGCAGUCUGAGCAGUCACGCAUGCGCGCGCGCGUGUCUGCGGCGGAGCGGGAAAACGCCCAGCUGCGCAGCCAGCUCAAAGCGCAGCAAGACAGCACUUCACAGAACAGUCAGGCCGUGGAAGAAGCGCAGGCACAGGUGUUCCACCUCAAACAGCAGCUGGCAGACGCGCAGGAGGAAUUGGCGCGAAAGAAGAAGCAGAACACGCUGCUGCUGCGCGAUUACAACCGUCUGAUUGAACGCCUCAAGCACGAGACGCAGGUGGAGGUGCGCAAGACCGAGAUGCUCAAACAAGCAAGCCGCAACGCAUCUCCCGCCACGACGCCGGUUGCCCAGGUCAGCACGCCAAAGUCAAGCAUGAACAUGCGCCGUGAGCUUGCUGCACAGCAUCAGCCAAGUCCGCUGCAAGCACAGCAAUCACGGCCGCCACAGCAACAAGAGGCUCGCAUGCCCGGCCCCCGGCACCACCGCCAGGCGUGGGCGGAGCAGACACAAAGCAAGGACUAUUACAAGCCGACAGAUGACAGCCGAAUUGAAGAACUCAAGCGCCGUAACGCUGCGCUGCCACCCCAUCUCCGCUCGAGCAACUUCCUCGAGACAACAAACUUCAUCAACGCAGCACCGGCCACGAAGAAGGCAGAGUUGGAUGCACCAGAGCCGAAGCUUGACACUCGCCGCAAGGCAUGGGGAAAGGCCACGACGAACAUUCCUCCGUUUGCAACCGCAAUCGGCUCCCCACGAGGUGCGCACUGCGAACACAUCAGCCCCUGCGUACGGUGCAGGAGACGGCAGUGCAGCGGCAAACAGUCAAGGUGA